AUGGAUAGUGAUCAAGAAUCUAGCUCCUCAUCUUCCUCAUCAUCUUCUACCUAUUCAUCUUCGUCCUUGUCAGAUAAUACUAUUUAUUUGAAUCAAAAUAUGUAUCGAACAAUUAAAAAAGAAGUCUUUAUCUGUGUAGAUUCUGAAUUAAAGAAUAUAUAUGAGAUCGAUAGUGAACGUAUGUGGCUUGAGCAGAAAGAAACUAUUAUUAUAAAAUUACUUCCACCGCUUUAUAAAUACCCAGAGAAGGAGCUUGUACGAAUUCUUAAGGAAUCUGGUUAUCAUUCAGAGGAGUGGGAGGAAACUGAUUCUAAUGAAGAAAAUAAUAUAAUUGGUGAAGAAUCUGCUGUUAAAAAAAAGAUAAUGUCAAUUCAUAUCACUAGUCGAAAUAAGGCAAAUCGGCUAAAAAUCGGAUAUCUGAUUUUAGGUCAAAUUACGGCUGAAAUAUGUCUGAUUUUUACAAAAAAAUAUAUUCUGAUUGUUAUCCGAUUGACUGCCAAUCAGAUGUACUUCGGAACUUAAAUCGGACAUAAAUCAGAACUAAAUCAUACUAAAUUCGGACAGUCAAUCAGAUGUACUUCGAAACUUAAAUCAGACAUAAAUCAGAACUAAAUCAUACUAAAUUCGGAAAAUUAUUAUAUAUAAAAAAUUCGAUUUAAAUUUAUUAUCGUUAUAUAUUAAUUAUCAGAAAU